CUUUAAAAUCCACACAAUGCAUUUGACGUUCUGAUGGGGUUUGGAUUCAGCUCUGAAAUUGGAAAUUUGAUCAGCUGGGCUAAUGAUUUUACCUUCUAAUUGUACCAAGUACCUAGCUCCGCACUAGAUCCCUAGUGUCGAUUAUUCGAUUGUUAAAAAAUCGAUUUACCGAUUGGCCAAUUUAUAGAACUUAUUUAUUUUGUUUGCAAGCAUAAAUAUAUACAUCCGCUAUAUUGGAUCAUGUUUGAAGAAGAUCUCAAUAUUAAUAAUGGUACAAAUAUAUUUUUUGGUGAAAUAUUUGCAAAUAUGUGCCGAUUAAGCACAGCAAAAGUACAAAAGCUCUUUUUGGUACAUGCCGAAAAGAUUGAUUUCAAGGAAAUAAUUCAAUUGCGGUUGACAGAGAAAUGUGAUCAACGAAAAAUGCUUAUAACUACCUUGGAUAGUAGUUCUUUUCAGCAAUUGAAACAAGACCAAUCUCUUCAUGUAUCCUUUUCGGGUUUUGUGGAAAAUCUUAUAUAUUUGUUAAAAGAGUGUCAGUCUGGCAAGUUAAAUAUCAACCUUUUGGAAUUGCAACUGAACGAUGCACAAAUAACAUGUAGUGAUCCAAAUGAAAAGACAAAAUUUCAACUACAAUUUGUGGAAGUAAGACCAUUUAAAAACUUAAUUCAUUUGAGUUUACCCUGUCAUAUUGCUCCUUGGAAUAUAGUAUUGUUUCAUUUAAACAAUAUUCUGGAUGGAAUGCAGAAAAAGUUAUUGCAUCAAGAAGAAACCACACAACAUCUGCAACAUGAAAUUAAUGCUCGCGAUCAAAAAAUUUGCAAUUUGGAAAUGGAGAAUAGUAAAUUAAAAAAAAUCUACUCCGAAACGACCAAAAAUAUGCAACAAAAGCAUUCAGAGCAAAUUUUGGAACUGCAGGAAAGGCUGAAAAACUCGUCCGAGCAAAGGCAACAAGACAAUGAAAGCAACCGUAUUGCCAUUAAGAACUUACAACAAAAAAUUGAUAAAUUGCUAGAGGAAAGAAGUGCAAUCCAGACAGAAAAGGGGCAGGAACAGAAACGCAAUGAAAAACUAAAUGAAGAAAUAAGCUCAUUAAAAGGGAAGAUAGCAAAUCUUAAAGAAGCAAAUGAUAAAUGUUAUAAUGAUUUGACAGUGUUAAAAAACGUUGAGCGUAAGCAUGAAAUGCAUUUACAAGAUUUUCGAAAAGAGAUCAAUGAUUUGAAAGAAAAAUUAAACAAUUGUGAAAAGGACAAGGCAGAACUGAUGGCCGAGUUGGCAGCAGAAAAGAAAAUUAGCCAUACAAAGAGACAAGCUUUGGAAAUUGCUACUGAUGAAAUUUCUAAAGCGAAUGAAAUCAUAUUAAAGCAGUCCAAAGAGUUAAUCAAAAUGAAAAAGAUCUUAAAAUGGCGCACUGAAGUAGCUCUACAACAGGAGCAGACAAUAAAAGAUAACGACACACAUAUAAAACAAAAAAAUGAGCAGAUUGUGUUUCUCAAGCAAACAGUGGAUAGUUUAAGGUCCGCCAUUCCAAAAGAGCUGGACUCGAUUAGAAAUAGUGCUGCAGCAUUGGAGGCAAAGUAUUCUGAACAUUACAUCGAUAAAAGUAUCGGUGCCAAAUUUCAAGCGGAUAUCUUUAUUCGUUCGAAAGCUAUCGUGAUUUCGACAAUCAGAAAACGUACGGCCGGGCAAGGCUAAAUCGCGUAAGGAAGAAAGCCUAUCGGAAUGCUUUUCAAUGGGCCUACCUAUUCUCCUUCUUAUCAUCACAAACAAUUGCACAAAGUUAUAAUACCCUGUACCGCGGUGGUGUUGUAGGGUAUACGAAGCAAAGUAAAGAGACAAGUGUAUUAUUCAUUUGGCCAUAUUCGGAGAAGUUGUCAUGGAGUGACUAGUGGCAUUUUCAUUGGCUGACGAAAUGCUGUGUUUUAGGCUUUUUAUAAUGCAAGAUGCUAAAAGUUGAGUGCGCAUGGGUACUAUCAGCCCGUUGGUGUCAAUUCAAUUGAGACGGCUGCUUAAUCUUCUAAAAUGGGUUGGUGUUUGAUGUUAAAUUCUUUUGAGCUAUGGACGGCGGAUGGUCUCCAAGGUCUGUAUUCAUUCGAUAGAUCUUUAUUGCUGUUGCUACGGUUGAUAUGCCGCUUGAUUCAGAGACUGCCUUUGUAUCGCCGCUUGUAAUUGGGGUGGCUGUAAUUCUCUCAAAGGGACUCUUAUAAGGACUACCAAAUUUGAGAUCGUCAUGUUGAGAAACUCAAAAUAUUUUACUACUGGUUAGAAAAAAAUUAAAAUAGAUGUAGGCGAAAACAUUUAAUUUUUAAUAUUUUGUUCAGUUAUUGUUCAUUUUUCGCUGUACUAAAGAUCACGUGAAAAAUGAAAA